UUCAUUUCAAAACAUUUCAAAAUCCCGCUUCCCUGCUCCUCUCUCUCUCUCUCUCUAGAGGUUCCAGAUCUGGAUCUAGGGUUUUUAUCCAAGGAGAUUCAAGAUCUACCUUUCUCAUUAACAUCAGAUCGAUAAACAAAUCUCAAUGCAUUCUCCAUUCAGAUCUAGCCUUUCACCGGAGACUCGGAGACCCCAAUUGCAGCCACCACCGCCGUUCGCAACCACCACAACCGCUCGGAACAACCACCACCAACUGGCAAAUGAUGAGGGUGCAAGAAUAGCAGACUAUUUUGAUGUAAUUGCUGGGACAAGCACCGGUGGUCUCAUAAAUGCCAUGUUAACGGCUCCAAAUGAAAACAAUCGACCUUUGUUUUCGACUAAAGAAAUCAAAGACUUCUACGGUUCUACCAUCGAAAGAACCACAAGAUCUUUCAUCAAGAUUGGGUUUGUGAAUGGUUCCAACUGCAAGGAAUUGGGAGGGCUAAGAAAUGUUGAUGGUUUCAUAGUUGGUGGAGCCUCUCUCAAGGCAAGUAACCUUGUAUUUUCUGUUCCCAAUUCCUUGGUUGUAAUGCUUGAGAGAUUUUUGGGGAACGACACUAUUGAUGCAAUCCAACGCUGCAGCCAGCGCAACCGCAGCGAGUGCAGCCACAACACCGUAGCCAGCGCAACCUCAGCGAACGCAGCCGCAAUGAGGAAUUCUACUAUUUUCCAAGGUGCUGAGUCAAAGAAUGGUCAUUUGAAGAAGUUGGAGAAUGCUAAAGAGAGGCUGCAUCUUUCCAGGCAUUUUUGUUGGACUUUGAAAGACUUUGUGUCGCCUUUGCUGGUUGCUCUGGAGUUCUUCAUGUUGCCUCCCCUGGUCCUGGUAACAAAUAGCGUCAUUGACCUUGAUAAAAGAUUCAGAACGGCUUGUUCUGCUAAAGGAAAUUGGUGGUAUUCGAGUUCAUGAAGAGCGCCAUCGCGAAAGCUUGAAAAUCAUGCAAGAAACUGAAUAUAAAGAAAUCACUUCAUUUUGAGUUCUAUCCGAUCCAGCGAUGCCGUUCCGUUCCUAUGGAGAUUCUUUGCUCAAGUUCUUGAUGUUUUAGAUAUAGUGGUAUGAUUUAUUGUUCGAACCAUUUAAUAUUUCUCAACUAUGGGAAUGUUUUGAUUGUUUAUACGGUUCGAACCGUUUGUAGCCGAAAGUUAUUGAUCCGGACUCUUGACAAUCAUUAUGAACUUGAAAAGGUGGGUUUAUGUCUACUUAUGAUUUUGCUUA